GCCGGAUGGUGGCCGGCAGAGGCCGCAAAGCAUCGCGCGCAGCCCUGCGCGGGGGGCCCGCGGCGCAUGCGCACAGCGCUGUUUGUGCCUCUGCGCGGCGGCGGCCCGGUCUGAGGGGGGAAGAUGGCGGCGUCCUCGCUGGAGCAGAAGCUCUCCCGGCUGGAGGCCAAGCUCAAGCAAGAGAACCGCGAGGCCCGCCGCAGGAUCGACCUCAACCUCGACAUCAGUCCUGCCCGGGCACGGCCCAUCAUCGUCAUCACCCUAAGCCCCGCUCCCGCUCCGUCCCAGCGAGCAGCGCUGCAGCUGCCACUGGUGAGCGAUGGGGGGGGUCGGGCUGGACCCCCCGAGGGCCUUCAGCCGCCCCCCGCCCUGCCCCGGCCCCGACACAUGCUGGGGCUGCCCCAGCCGCCCUUCCUGGUGCCCCGCAGCCUGGAGAGCUGUGAGAUCCCAUGUGUGCUGAUUGGCCAGCCAGCCAGGAUCCCCUUGGUGCUGAUUGCUGAGCCCCACUCUCUCCUCCCCCAGCCUGGAGAUCGACAGAAGCUGCAGGAGAUCAUGAAGCACGGGUACCUGACUGUGGGGGGGCAGCGCUACCAGGCAGAGAUCAACGACCUGGAGAACCUCGGGGAGAUCGGCAGUGGCACCUGCGGCCAGGUCUGGAAGAUGCGCUUCCGCAAGACCGGGCACGUCAUUGCCGUGAAGCAAAUGCGGCGCUCGAGGAACCGUGAGGAGAACAAGCGGAUCCUGAUGGAUCUGGACGUGGUGCUGAAGAGCCAUGACUGUCCCUACAUCGUCCAGUGCUUCGGCACCUUCAUCACCAACACCGACGUGUUCAUCGCCAUGGAGCUGAUGGGCACCUGCGCCGAGAAGCUCAAGAAGCGCAUCCAGGGCCCCAUCCCCGAGCGCAUCCUGGGCAAGAUGACGGUGGCGAUCGUCAAGGCCCUGUUCUACCUGAAGGAGAAGCACGGGGUGAUCCACCGUGACGUCAAACCCUCCAACAUCCUGCUGGACGAGCGGGGACAGGUCAAGCUCUGCGACUUCGGCAUCAGCGGCCGCCUCGUCGACUCCAAGGCCAAGACACGCAGCGCCGGCUGCGCCGCCUACAUGGCCCCCGAGCGCAUCGACCCCCCCGACCCCACCAAACCUGACUACGACAUCCGCGCCGACGUCUGGAGCCUCGGCAUCUCCCUGGUGGAGCUGGCCACGGGGCAGUUCCCGUACCAGAACUGUAAGACGGAUUUCGAGGUGCUGACGAAGGUGCUGCAGGAGGAUCCGCCGCUGCUGCCGCCGGCCAUGGGCUUCUCCGGGGACUUCCAGGCCUUCGUCAGGGACUGCCUCACCAAGGACCACAGGAAGAGACCAAAGUACAACAAGUUACUGGAACACACCUUCAUCAAGCGCUACGAGACGUUGGAGGUGGACGUGGCCACCUGGUUCAAGGACGUGAUGGCCAAGACAGAGUCCCCUCGCACCGGCGGCGGCCUCGGGCAGCACCACCUGCCCUUCUUCAGCAGGUAGCGCCCGCCCGCCCGCGCCGCCCGCGGCACCACGGCUCGGGGCCCCGGCCACGGCCCCGCCACAGCCACCGCGCCGGCCGCCGCCUGCCCAGCACAGCCCGUCCUGCUGUGUCCCCACGUGUCCCGGCGCGGCCUGAAUCCAGCGUGUCCCAGCACCUCCUGGUGUGCAACAGGCAGCGGGAGGUGGCAGCAGGAGCUGGCACUGAGGACGUGACCUGGGGACCUGGCGCGGCGCAGGUGAUGGGACGUGCAGGUGUGACUCCGGGACACGGGAUGUGAGAUGAGGUCGUGGCUUCGGGAUGUGGCACAGGGCUGGGACGUGGAGACGAUGGCACAGGGAUGUGGCACAGGGCUGGAGGACGACGCGCAGAGGGAUGACGAGGUGGCACGGGGACUGGCAGGGUGACAGUGGCACGAGGAUGCAGGACGAGACAGACCCGACACUGGGACGUGAUGAUGAGGGACAACGUGGGGACACAGCAGAGAGGUGGCAGCUGGAUGUGAUGUGGGGACACGGCGCUGAAGGCCGAGGUGGCCCUGGGGACGUGGCACAAGGGACAACGUGGAGCAGCGGCACAGCGAUGGCGCGGGGACAUGGCACAGUUGGACACAUGGUGACACGGGGAUGUGACAAGAGGGACACGUCAUGGGGAUGUGACACGGAUAACAUGGGGACACGGCACAAGGACAUGGCAUGAGGACAGUGUGGGGACACGGCACAGGGACGUGACACAGCAACAUGGGGACGUGGCACCAGGAACGUCACGGGGACGUGGCAGAGGGACAAUGUGUGACACGGUGACAGAGCACGAGGAUGUGGCACAGGGACACGUCACGGGGAUGGGACAUGGGGACAACGUGGGGACGCGGCACCAGGACAUGACAAGGACGAGGUGGAGACAUGGUGACACGGGGCCGAGCCCCAUGGUAGCCCCACGGGUGACAGUGGCCCCAGGAGGGGUGACGUGGCCACGGGGCCAGCGCGAGGCCACGCAGCGACAAUCAGUCGGGGCUGGGGGCUGUGUGGGGGCCAUGUCCCCCCGUGUCCCCACGGUGGCAGUGGGCGCGGUUUCAGUGCAGUGUGGGCACGGGCGGCGCCUCCCCCCCUUUACUGUCAUUAUUAAUUAUUAUUAUUAAUUAUUAUGAUGAUGAUAAAUGCGCAUGUGGAACCCGA